CCUGCAGUAAUAUGAUCGUGGAAUCUAAAUGAGGUUGACACUAUUUCCACACCCACUUGGGGAAAAAUGCUGUUUAUGAACCUGAAAUUGAACUUCCUUGUUUAUCAAACUCAGAAUCAACUUUAACUAGUUUCCUUUCCGUCAUUUACAUGACAACAUGUCUCGGGCUCUCGUCUUCUUUACUCUCCUGUUGGCAUUUUCAAGAGCAGAUGCUCUCUACGGUCAAUAUUUGGCUCGUUGUCGGUUCAGUUCACCAGAUGGUCAUGAUGCUGUGUACCUGGAGCAGUUCUACUUAAACAAGAGGCUGUUGGCCCUAUACAACGGCACUUUGGGGAAACUUAUGGGCUACACAAAGGAAGCAAUUAAAAUUGCAGAUAAACUCAACAACGAUCCAGAUUAUGUGAAUUUGGGGAAAUGGAAAACAGACCGUUGCACAAGAAGCUCCCCACUGGUUUAUAAUUCCCUGCUCUACACAGUCGAGCCGUCUGUUUGGCUGAGGUCAGUUGAGGCAGUGGACAGCAGACAUCCAGGCAUGCUGGUCUGCAGUGCGUACGACUUUUAUCCUCAACAGAUCCGAUUGACUUGGCUGAGGAAUGGACAGGAGGAGACAUCUGAUGUGAUGUCCACUGAUGAACUGCCCAAUGGGAACUGGCUCUACCAGAUUCACUCCUUUCUGGAGUUUACACCCAGACCAGGAGAGAAAAUCACCUGUAUGGUGAAGCACGCCAGCCUCAUGGAGCCCAAGCUUUAUGACUGGGAGCCCACGGCUGACUCAGGGACCAAUAAGAUUGUUGUUGGGACAGCAGGGCUGCUGCUCGGUCUGGUCUUUUCAGUUGCUGGACUGCUUUACUACAAGAAGAAAUCUUCUGAACGUGUUUUGGUGCCAACAACUGAGGUGUUUUAUCCAGAGCACACACUUUAAGUCGGAGAAGCCUUCGGGGAUUCAGUGAGAACUCAAAUACAAUGGUUUGGGCUAUGUGCUCAUUUCUAUCCUUUGCUGACUUUGAUUGUAUAUGUUCCAUAUAUAUAAUUACAAUGGAUUAUCACAAAAGCACAAAGCACUGUAAAAGAAUAAAAACCUACAUCUCAGUAAUAA